CAAAUUGUCAACUGCUGUUACACGCGCCCCUUCCUCUGCCCGCCGCCCAUCUCUACACGACGCGCACCCCUCCACUUCUUCUGCUAGCUUCCUCCAAACACCGAAGCCCUAGCCUAGGCGGUGCUCCAACCGAUCGCAUCGCAGCAAGCAGCCAUGAGCGCUCCCUCGCCGAAACGGCCUCGCCUCUCGCGGCCAGCGCCGGCGCCGGUGGCCCGGAUGACCAUCGCCGACAUGGUCCCCGAGAUCCUCCGCCGCCUCCCUGCCAACGACCCUGCGUGCCUCGCGCGCGCCUCCCUCAUCUGCAAGCCCUGGCGCCGCCUCGUCUCCGACCGCCUCCGCCGCUACCGCGCAUUCCACCGAACACCUCCCAUGCUCGGCUUCGUCGUCAACAUCAAGCGCGUCGCGCGCUUCGUCUCGACCGACUCGUCGUUCCGCCCCGCGGCGCCCGACCGCGCCGGCACCAACGUUUUCGACGCCCGCCACGGCCGCGUGCUCCUCCACACCUUCGACACCCUCCAGGCCGACAAGGAGAUCGUCGUCUGGGACCCCGUCACGGACGAGCAGUGGCGCGUUCCCCCCUUGCCGGUGUACACGCCCAGCUUCAACGCGGCUGUCCUCUGCGCCGCGCCCGGCUGCCACCACCACGGCUGCCACGGCGGCGCCUUCCGCGUCGCCUUGGUCGGCUCCGACGAGCGCGGCUUCUCCUUCGCGUCCACCUACUCGUCGGAGACCGGCGCAUGGAGCCAGCGGAUCGGCAUCGAGGAGCCGGCGUUCUUCGACCAGCGGCCCAGCGUCCUCGUGGGGAACACGGCCUACUUCAUCGCCGGCGUCAAAUUCAAAAUCGUCGGCUACGACGUGGCCACACAGGAGAUAUCGGUCGUCUGGCCGCCGGCCCCGCACCAGCGCCGCUCCGACGGAAUCCUCAUGAAAGCGGAGGACGGCGCGCUGGGUUUCGCCUGCGUGCAGGACGCCAGGCUCUACCUGUGGUCGUGGAAGGCUGCCGGUCCCGACGGAGAUAUGGCAUGGGCAUUGAGCAGGGUCAUCGAUCACAAGACGAUGCUUCGCACUCGAGGCCUCAGGACACCAUCUCAGGUUGUCGGCUUCGCGGAAGGCGCUGGCGUAAUUUUCGUCAAGACAGGGAACACGGUGUACUCCAUGGACCUCAAGUCUGGCCAUGUCCGUAAGGUGUACAACUGGACGCUGAAAAACUAUGACCUCACUGUCGUUCCCUACCUGAGCUUCUACAAUCCAGGUGCAGGGGCGUUGCAGGAGACGCUGCGUCACCAUGAGCCCAAGCAAGGAUAAACAAGAGGAAGCUGGAAGCUGAUCCUGAGGAUGAAAUCGAUGGCAAGGACAAAGAAGAGGAACGACGCAAGUGACUAUUACGGCAAGACCUGCCUGAAUACAAUAGUGGGCUGCUGUGAGAAAAACUUCUUUUGAUCUACUGACCCUGUGUGUCGGCUGUUUCUAUUCUAUUGUUGCGUUUACAACUGCUAGACUCUUGUUUAGGCUCUGGGUGAGUUCUUGCUAGCCUCGUGGCAAGUGCGUGCUUAAAACUAUGUGGCGGUGAAUACUGUUGUUCCUUUAUCUGUUGAUAGUGGAACGCGGUCGUAUGAUCUUUUUAAAUUUUUGUCAAUGUCUGAGAUAUCACACCUCAUUACUGGAAUGAAAGCUAUUACAUAUGGUGCUUAAUCAAC